AUGUCGCAGGGAUCUAGUCGUGAAGAUGACACGCAGUCUUUGACUGCCAGUGUAACGGAUUACCCCAUGGAAUAUGGAAGACGAUACCACAAAUAUCAUGAGGGCUCAUAUUUAUAUCCCAACGACGAGCAAGAGCUAGACCGGAUGGACAUGCAACACCACAUGCUCAAAUUGGUCAACCGCGGGCGGCUGCUCUUUGCCUCUCCCCUAAGCCCAAAGAAAAUCUUAGAUGUCGGCACCGGUUCUGGUAUAUGGCCUAUAGAACUAGCGUCUGAAUUUCCAGCAGCCGAGAUUAUAGGAACCGAUCUUUCGCCUGUACAACCGAACGAAGUCCCCGAGAACGUCCAUUUCCUAGUCGAUGACGUUACAGAGGACGAAUGGCUAUGGGGCCCCAAUCACUUCGACGUCAUUCAUGCCGGUCACCUUUCAGGUGCCUUGCCAUCAUAUAAAGACUUGUUACGGAAAGUCUUCAAGCAUCUCAAGCCUGGCGGUAGUGUUCAGUGCGACGAAUUCGACCCGAAGCCGAAAUGCGAUGACGGAACCAUGCCAGAAGAGGACCCCGAUAAGUUCAGCGAAUAUGCCCUUCAAGACCUGAUGGAUUUACACCAUCGUGCCGGUCAGGUAUCAGACCCGCCCCGACAGUUUCGAGUGGCUCAUCGACUGGCACGCUGGAUGAGAGAAGUGGGAUUCGAGGACGUUCAGGAACGGGUUCAAAAAGUACCCGUGAACCCUUGGUCUACCGACUCUCAUCUGAGAACGAUUGGUUCGUGGAACGAGACAAACCUGCUGGAAGCCGCAGCUGGUUGGUCUUACAAGCCACUCACGAUUCUUGGCUGGUCCAAGCCCGAGAUCGAAGUCUUCCUGGUCGAUGUUCGAAAAUCCAUCCAAAACCGUGAUGUCCACGCCUAUUUGGACUAUUAUGUGGUAACAGGAAGAAAACCACAUUCUGCUUAG